GUUUUCAAUUUCGAAAAAAAUAUAAGAUAGAUUUGGUGUGUACACUGCUCAACAAAUCGGUAUAUCCUACUAGAUCGCAUAUUCAACUUCUACCUUGUUCAUGAUGUAAUUCAAAGUUCAAAAGACUGUUUUAACACUUGCAGUGUAACCAUAAAAUCAAUUCAAAUUACGGUACCUAUGGGGAUAAGAAAUCGUGUUUUCAACAUUACAUAGUGUUUAAAAUAGAACAACAAAUGAGUUAUAACCUAAUGGAGAAGAUGUUAAAUAAUAAGAGUGUCCUAGAUUUGAAUAACACAGAGUACCACUUAUAUUUUUUUAAUCACGCAAACUACUAUCUAGGGUAAGAUAAUCAUUUAUUACAGUUUUAGGGGUGACCUAGAUUACUAAUUAUAUUUUAUUUAUCCAUACAAAACUACUAUCGAUGGUUGAAUAAUCGUGUUCACAAAAUUUAGGGGUGUCCCGGGACACCCCUAAAGCACCAUGUAUCCGCCACUGGGCGUUUGUUGUUGCUUUGUUGGACGCGUUGUCUAGUUCUGAUUAUGCUUUUUUCAUCAUACGAGAAUUGCAAUCGAAGAUCUAAUGGGCAUAGUGUGAUAGAUUCUUGUAGAAACUUGUAUCAAUGACCAAUCGUAGUAAAGAAAUCAUGCUGAUGAUUUAUAUACAUAGUUUGGGGGGAUAAGGAGAAGAGAGAGCGAGCGGGAACUAUCUAAUGGUGAUAAUCUAAUAAAUUUAUAACGACUAACUAACCUGAUUACAUUUUUUAACUAUAUAUCUAAAACAUGGAAAUUUAAUAUUUUCAUCCUUCGUCAGUCUAAUAGCCUCCCUCGAACUAAACAUGUUGAGUGUGGAGGUUUGGUUUGGAAAUAAACUCUUUGAAAGUAUGUACAGGAAGAGUUUGGGUGAGCAUAUCUGCAGGUUGGAGAGUGGAUUUGUUAGCCAAAACCUGGUCCCUUGUGAAGUGUAUUAGGGGAAUGCGAAGGAUUUUCGCGCUCUGCCCCAUUCAAACCUCCAACAACUCUGAACAUUCUCGGCUGCAGUUUGAACAUUGUCUGCCAUGUUUUGAGGCGGCUAGGGUUCUCUAGGAACCAGGCUCUGAUACCAUAACAACGUUAUGGAUCAAGCAAAUCCUAAAGCCCUGCCUUUCUCAUUCCAUUUCAUAGCUUAUAUAGCUGGUGAGUUAGUACAGAAACCUUACAAAACAAGGUAAGAAGACAAGGCUUGGAAGAAAAGCAAGUACAACCGAAAAAGGAAAAGAGUAGUUUUAACAAGUUUGAGGACUAAGUGGCAUUUUUCCAGAAACGACGUCACUCCACGUGCGUUGUGUCUUCGCUUGAGUUGGCAUUGGAACGGCGUCGCAUUGCUUCUGUUUUCUGGAUUAUAUGAAGCGAUGUCGCUUUGAUUCCUGGCUUCAGCUGAUGGUUAAACGAUGUCGGGUGGACUCUCCUUCUUCUUCACUGUGAGAACAACGUCUCUGUUCAGAGCCGUUGGAGGUUUGAAUGGAGACUGCGCCUUCCAGUGGCCUGUUUUUCUCUGCUGAUUCUCCUCUUCAUUUGAAAGCCUUCAGCGAUUCCGACUGGGUUGCCUGUGUUGAUACAAGGCGCUCUGUCACUGGAUACUGUGUCUAUCUUGGUGAUUCUCUUGUCUCGUGGAAGAGCAAGAAGCAAACCACAAUCUCCCGAUCUUCUUGCGAGGAUGAAUAUCGUGCUCUAGCUUACACCACCUGUGAGCUCCAAUGGCUGCUUUACUUGCUUCAAGAUUUUCAGAUUUCUCAUCCACAGCCUGCAACCCUCUACUGUGACAACCAGUCCGCGAUCUACAUCGCCGAAAAUCAAACUUUUCAUGAGCGGACAAAGCACAUUGAGCUCGACUGUCAUUUUGUCCGCGAAAAGCUACUCAAUCGCACCAUCAAAGUACUCCAUGUCUCUUCUACUCAUCAAUUGGCUGACCUCUUCACCAAAGCUCUCUCCCCAGCACCUUUCUCCUUCCUGCUCUCCAAGCUCGGCGUCCUCAAUCUUUGCCCGCCAGCUUGCGGGGGGUAUCAGGGGAAUGCGAAGGAUUUUCGCGUCUGCCCCAUUCAAACCUCCAACGGCUCUGAACAGAGACGUUGUUCUCACAGGGAAGAAGAAGGAGAGUCCACCCGACAUCGUUUCACCAUUAGCUGAAGCCAGGAAUCAAAGCGACAUUGCUUCAUCAUCUUCCGGAAAACAGAAGCAAUGCGACGCCGUUCCAAUGCCAACUCAAGCGAAGACACAACGCACGUGGAAUGACGUCGUUUCUGGCAAAAUGCCACUUAGUCCUCAAACUUGUUAAAACUACUAUUUUCCUUUUUUGGCUGUACUUGCUUUUCUUCCAAGCCUUGUCUUCUUACCUUGUUUUGUAAGGUUUCUGUACUGACUCACCAGCUAUAUAAGCUGUGAAAUGGAAUGAGAAAGGCAGGGCUUUAGGGUUUGCUUCAUCCAUAACGUUGUUUAAGUGACAAUAAAUUUUUAUGUGUUUGGUUCUAGCAUAUGUUGUACGGGGAUUAUGUGUCAUUUUUACAACAGAAAGAUUGUCACAGUAGAUGGUGUAGGGAAGGCUUGGUUGAAAUGAAAGUUGCUUGAACAU